AAGGGUGAGGCGCCAUUUAAGUUGUUGAGGUUUUACUCUGUACAGAGCUCAGAACUGCAAGUAUCUGACUUAAUCGGAGCCAUUCAAUUGCAACACUAAAUUAAAAAUGGAUGCAAACAUUGCGAAUCGUAUAAGUAAAUCACCGACUCUUCCGGUGGCUUCUUAUUGCAUGGCAUCUAUUUUAAUGACGAUGACAAACAAAUAUGUCUUGUCUAGUCCUGGGUAUAACAUGAACUUUCUGCUGUUGACCGUACAAUCCCUAAUCUGUGUCCUUACAAUUCGGGUUUUGAAAAAUUUCAAAAUAAUCACCUACCGCGAUUUUGAUUUUCGUGAGGCAAAGUUUUGGUUCCCUAUCUCGUUUUUGCUUGUAGCUAUGAUCUACACUUCCUCCAAAGCCUUACAGUAUUUAUCUGUUCCUGUAUAUACUAUUUUCAAAAACUUGACCAUCAUUGUUAUUGCCUAUGGUGAAGUGCUUUGGUUUGGCGGUCAUGUUUCUGCCCUAACUUUGUUUUCCUUUGGUUUGAUGGUUCUGUCCUCUGUUGUGGCCGCUUGGGCAGAUAUUCAAUCCUCUGCUACUUCUGGAUACACUUCCUUGAACUCCGGUUACUCUUGGAUGUUUUUGAACUGCAUAACCAAUGCGGCUUUUGUUCUUACCAUGCGUAAGCGCAUUAAGCUCACAAACUUCCGUGACUUUGACACCAUGUUCUAUAAUAAUCUUCUUAGUAUUCCAAUUCUAGUCGUUUGCACUCUCUUCACGGAAAACUGGAGUGCUGAAAACAUUGCUAAAAACUUUCCUCCUGACUCUAAAUACAAUGUUUUGAUCGCCAUGGCAAUUAGUGGUGUUUCAUCGGUCGGCAUUUCUUAUACUUCUGCUUGGUGUGUUCGAGUCACUUCCUCGACUACUUAUAGUAUGGUUGGUGCCCUCAAUAAGUUACCUUUGGCAAUUGCUGGUUUAUUGUUUUUUAAUGCUCCUGUCACUUUCGGCUCUGUCAGCGCUAUCUUUUUGGGAUUUAUCUCUGGUAUUGUCUACGCCGUUGCAAAGGCUCAGCAACAGCGCAAAAAGGAAAGCGCUACUGUACUUCCCAUGACCAACAACCCUGUAAGUGCCAGUUCCCAAAGUAUUCGUGAUAGUAUGAGCAAGUCCUAAUUUUGAUUUGACUUGUAAAUCAUAUUGUGUAUCAUUUAGUUGAAGACUUGCACUUAUUUCGCUGUCUACACAUCCAGGAUGGUCGUUUACUCUAGGAACAAAAGCUGCUUGUAUGAUUAUUACAUUUUUUUUCUCUUUUGAUAUAUGAAAUAGCUCGUUCCCUUAGCACAAUGUGUUAAACGAACAAACUUAUUAUAGAAACAAUAACUGAAAAAAUCAGAUUCUAUUUGAUUAUCAGAAGUCCAUAACUUGUAGCAUUUUAAAUUACGGUUAAGUACAACUAAGUCGUACUUGAGUGACUAGCAUUUGAAUUUCAUGACUGACUAUGAUCUAGGAAUCUCUUGUGGUUGAGCUUCAAUAACGGAAGAGAAAACGGAUUAUAGGAAAUAUCGAGUUUCAAAUCCAUACGCAUAAAGCGUCAUUUAGGUUGACUUGGAAGCGCCUUUUGAUUAGUUGAACAUCGUUUUAUACUUGUCUCAAUAAAUUUUUCGAGUAAAGGUACCAGCAUAAAGUAUGAACUAAUCCAAAUUCCGAAAGGUAACUGAACUAAGACUUGAU